AUGAAACGAAAAGCAGACGCUGAUCCGGAAGAAACGACUUCUUUUUCAAAGCAAGCAUCCACAAGAAACUCGUCGCUUGUCAAGGAUGGUUUCCAUAAUAAGUCCACAAUACCCGCUGAAGAUCCACCAACAGAAGAAGAUGAGGAUUCCCCAAUCACCCCUAUGGAAACCUCACGGAGUGAUAGGAAUAAGUGCCAGUUCCCGGAUUGCCAAUCAGAAUAUCAAGCAAGCGUUCCAUCUUUAUGCUUUGAACAUAUGAUUGUCCAUACUUCACGGAGAUUUCAGUGUUCAGAGUGUGAUUUCACAGCCCAUAGGCACGACAAAGUUGUUCAACAUUUAAAAGGAAAUUGUGGAGGAAAAAUUGUCGACAAACUAGAUCAGAGGAUGUUCGACGAAUGGCGUCAAUUGUCAAGGAUUUGCUAUCCGACACGAGCAAAGGAAAAUAAUGCAUACAUCACAAAGAAAGAAGCAAGGCUCCUUGCCGGGUCAAACCUCCAACCCGAUCAAGGUGCAACGGAAGAGAUGAAUGAGGAAUCACGGAACAAUUCAAAUAAAUGUCAGAGAGAAAGACUCCCGGAAGCGAAUGUCUCUGCAAGAUCAAGGCCGACCAGUCUGCUAAUGAGAUCAUGCUUUAUGCAACAAAGAACAAUUGAGGUUGACGAUGAGAAAACACAGGACACUGAGGAAAGGAUUGGUCGUCGACAGAUUGAAGAGCCCCCCUUGAUUCCAAUUCCACCGCGCUCACAAUCAAUGAAUGAUGUUCGCCGAUCGGAUUAUCCAACAACCUCGGGAAAUACUUCACUACAGUCCAAUGAUGUUCCAACCUUGUCUUUGUCGCUGAUUGGUUUUCAAAUUCAGCAAUUGACUCAAGAAGUUGUGAGAUUGAAAGCCGAGAAUGGCAUGCUGAGUACCAGAGUCGCCGACGAAAGGAAUCAGAAAGAAAUGUUGAGGGCCAGAGCGGCCGACGAAAGGAAUCAGAAAGACGUGGCUCAAAGGCUGCUUGGCAAGCGGGACAUCGUGAUCGAGAUGCUUGAGGAAAGGAUUCUUCAAUUGGAAGCAGAACUGGAAAAGCGCGGAUUGAUCAUAUUGGAU